AGCAGACUCGGUGACAGCAGGUUUAUUCAUAGGGACGAAGUUACUCGGUCGGUCUGGCUUUAAAACUCUGGAAAUUGAAUAAGCAAUCAUCACUAAACAAUGUCAACAACAGGGCAGGUGAUAAGAUGCAAAGCUGCUGUUGCAUGGGAGUCUGGAAAGCAGCUGACCAUUGAAGACGUGGACGUGGCUCCGCCUAAAGCCCACGAAGUCCGCAUCAAGAUUGUUGCCACAAGUGUGUGUCGCACAGACUGGGAGACCCUGUAUGAGUCUGGGAAGGGGAUGAUUUUCAGACCAUUCCCAUUAGUUCUUGGCCAUGAAGCAGCUGGGAUAGUGGAGAGUGUUGGACCUGGAGUCAGCAAAUUCUCACCAGGAGACAAGGUUAUUCCUCUUUUUCUGCCUCAGUGUGGGGAAUGUGAACAAUGUCAGAGUCCUAAAACGAACCUAUGCAGGAAGAACUGGGAAAAUACACAAACGGGUGUAAUGGCUGAUGGCACAAGCAGGAUAUCUUGCCAGGGCCAGCAGGUGUUCCAGUUCCUUGGCGUCAGCUCUUUCUCCCAGUACACUGUGGUUCCAGAUACAUCACUUGCAAAGAUAAGAUGUGAUGCACCGCUAAACAAAGUGUGUCUACUUGGCUGUGGUGUCUCAACUGGUUAUGGUGCUGCUAUUAAUGCAGCCAAGGUUGAAAAAGGUUCCUCCUGUGCCGUGUUUGGGCUCGGAGCUGUCGGACAGGCCGCUGUCAUGGGCUGCAAGGCUGCUGAGGCGAAAAAGAUCAUCGCAAUUGACAACAACCCUGACAGGUUGGAGAAAGCCAAAGUGUUUGGAGCCACUGAAUGUGUCAACCCCACACUUCAAAGUCGGCCCAUCCAGGACGUUCUGGUGGAGAAGACAGCUGGAGGGGUGGACUACGCUCUGGAGUGUGUUGGAGAUCCACUUAUUAUGACUGCAGCUCUUGAGUCUACAAGAGACGCCUGGGGCACCUGUGUCAUUGUUGGCUGGACGGAAACGGAAUCAAUGAGUGUUAAGGUUAAUAAGAUCCUGAUGGGACGCACCUUGAAGGGGACUUAUUUUGGAGGCUGGAAGAGUGUGGAGGGUGUGCCUAAACUGGUGGACCACUACAUGAGCAAGAAGCUGAAGCUGGAUGAGUUCAUUACCAGCAACCUCCGGCUGGAUCAAAUUAAUACGGCAUUUGAAGAUAUAAAAAAUGGGAAAGGUAUCCGUACCGUGAUCAGCCUGUGGCCUGAGGAGACUCAACCCCCUAAUUGUGAUUGAGAAAUGAGAUUCAGUGUUGUGAUGUGAUGUGAUGUUGUACAUACAACAUCACAUGUAGUGUAUUUUUGGAAAAUUUCAAUGCUAUUUUUCUUGAAAAGAUCAUGACAAUCAGAAUGUUUUCCUGGUUUGACUUUGUAGAAAAUGAGCACCUUGGCCACUAGAGGGCAGUCUUAUAUCAUGUAAAAGCCUAUGAAUACCAUCUAACUUUGUAAAUACAUUUUCUAUCUGCAGAGGA